AUGUUUUCUCCACAAAUUGAAUGGCAUUGUGCUGAAUGUGAAUCUGUUCCAACUGAUCGUCGAAAAUAUUGCCCUGAUUGUAAUUCCAUGUUAACUUGGACUUGUACUGGCUCGGGAAAAUCUGGUUUGUACACGCACUAUUAUCGUCAUCGUGAUAACUGUAAUUAUUGUACACCAGAAUUUGAAGAAGAAAGACGACAAAAAUUGGAAGAGAAGGAAGUUAAUAUUCAGCAACAUUUCCAAGUUUCGGAUGAUAAUCAACGUCCAUGGUCAGAAUGGAAACGUACUGACGCAUCUUGCAUACAGCAUACCGGACAUGACGUUGAACAAGUACAUGAAUUAUAUUCUAUGUGUGAAGGACCAUUAGUAAAUUAUUGUUCCCAUAGAAACAAGUUACAGUGGGAUAAUAUCAGCACAUCCUAUUUGUCUCCAAUGAAUUUGCUUGUGGUUACAUUAUGGUAUUUAAAACAUUAUCAUUCUGAACGCUAUAUUGCUUCAGAAUUGAAUUUUAGUCAAAAAGGGAUGAAUUAUCUCUUAUCAGCAGUAGUGGAUAUUUUGCAUUCGUGUGUAUAUCCAGCCUUUAUUUCUAUACCUGCUGAUCUAACUAAUAGAAGAACACCACAUGGACCUGAACAAUAUCAUAAAUUAAUUGUUGACUCAACCUUUAUUGCAAUUCCUGAACCGCAUGAUUCAGAAAAGCGUAAAGAAUAUUAUCAUGCGAAAAGUCCAACAAAUUAUGCAAUUAAAGUUCAAAUUGCUUGUGAUUUUCGUCACCGAAUAGUGCAUGUGUCUGAAUGUUGCCAUGGAAGUACACAUGAUAUUACAGUUCUUCGAGAAUCAGGUCUAUUAGAAGAUGUUGAAGAAUCUGUACAAAUUAUCGGUGACAAGGGAUACAUCGAGGAAGAAUAUAUAGUCACGCCAAGAAAGAAACCUCGUGGACGUGAAUUAACACAAGACGAUAAAGAUUUCAAUCGUGAUAUUAAUAGUGCAAGAGCAGCGAUUGAAAAUAUUAAUCAACGAGGGUGUGGGUGUGGGUGUGGGAGUGGGAGUGGGUAUAGAAAGAAACUACACCCACAGCUUUACCCAAAGGGUGUGGGUGGGUGGGUGUGGGUGGGUGUGGGGUGUGGGUGUGGG